AUGAGUGGAAUCAACAAAGGAGCUCAGCAUUUCUUUACUGAAUUUGUAAGCCAUUCAGUAACAUAUUGUAUUCCAUGCCAAGCCCAUCGGAUGAAUACAUUUUUAGAGCACAGCUGCGAUGCUAGUUAUAUAAUUGGUGAUUUAAUUUGUGUACUUGAAAAUAUUUAUGUGUUCUUUUCAGCGAGUACUAAGAGAUCUAAAGAUUUAACAGACCGUAUGAAAGAAAUUGAAGGAAGUCUACAGCUUAGAAACCUCUCAAAAACCAGAUGGACUGCUAGAGCAGAAAGCAUAAAAUCUGUAUGGAUAUCAUUAGAUAUAAUUAUUGAAACAUUAUAA